AGAAGGAUUGCAGUCAGGUUGCAGGGUCCAACAUGGCCAACAUCAUGGAGACCAAGCCUGCCCUCAGAGCCCCUGUGAGAGGACUGACCUGCGGAUGGCCAUAGUGGCAGAUCACCUGGGUCUGAGCUGGACUGAGCUUGCCAGGGAAAUGGAUUUCUCCGUAGAUGAGAUCAAUCACAUCCGUGUGGAUAACCCCAACUCUCUGACCACUCAGAGUUUCAUGCUUUUAAAGAAAUGGGUUAGCAGAGAUGGUAAAAAUGCCACAACGGAUUCCCUUACAGAGGUCCUGACUAAGAUCAAUCGGAUGGAUAUUGUGACAUUGCUGGAAGGGCCAAUAUUUGACUAUGGUUCCAGCAGCAUCCAGCUGGAGCUUCAGACCCCCACAGGUUUGAUCUGUCAGCCCCCCACCCCGCUAAGCAGCGACCACUUCUUUGACGAGGACGCUGGCCUAGACUCCCCCUCUAGAACGCCCACUAGACCAUGUGACUUGUCACUCACCCAGACCACCAGCACCCCAGGCCCCGCCUCCCAUGCUCAAUCACCCACAAUGGUGGUAGAGGAAGACACCUCUGGACCUCUAGACUCCCGGGGAGCCGGGAAGGGCGCCGGGGAGGGUGCCGGGGAAGGCGGGGGGCCUAAAGUGACCUCCACUGAAGAUGACACAGGUGUUAGCAGAGAGUCAGUGGCCUCAUACAAGCCCCAUAACAGGGAGGCAGGGCUGAGAGAGGAGGCUGAGCAGGAUAUUGACAUGGGGAUGCUGAUACAUCAGAUUGAUCUUCCUCAGGGGGUGGUCAGGGAGGAUGAGUGGUUGGCUGGAGCCAGAGGAGACCCAUCAGAGACCCUAGGCUUUAGGCCUGCCCUGGGGGGAGAGGGGGUAGAGGGUGGUGUGUCUGGUCCUCCCGGGGAAGAGAAGGAGGAGGGGGAGUUGAGUGAGGAGAAGUUAAAGUCUCUGUUGGAGGAGAUGGGGCUGGAGGAAGGCUCGGAGGAUGAGGAGAUGACGGAGGAAAGGAUAAACGCCAUCUUGUCUCAGGUUCAGCAGGCAGACAAAGAUGUGAUGUCAUCACCUGCAGGUUGGCAUAGUGAGACGUCCAGUGUGAACGUGGAGCCCCCGACACCUGGCCGCAGUCUGAGUGCUGAGGGUCACGACCUCCAGGACACCAGCCCUGUGAAUUCCCUGGACUCCCUGACGACAUCACCUGUCCGACCAGCAGAGAAAUCCAAUGGAGACCACACUGACUUCCUGUCCCAGCCCGGGUCACAUCCAGAGGCCCAGGGUUCAUCCAACGGGGUGAAGGGUCAUGGCCAGGUCGAGGACGAGGGAAGGGCGUCAGCGUCACAAGGAGGGCAGGAAGAGGGAAGCAGAAGGACUCUGGAAGAGGACAGCACAGCAGGACCAAGCAGCAAGGAGCAGCAGCAGGACUCUGGGAGGGAGGAGUCCAGGUAG